GUAUGACGAUAGUGCAGAUAAUCACCGUACUGACCACCAUCCUGACAAUAUCAGCAGCCUCAAAACCAGUUGGUACGCUCACUAGAUAUAGAAAAGGGGAUAGAAAAUCUUGCACGAGGGAUGACCCAUGUCUGAGUGAAUGCUUUGACAUCUUCACCAUCACAUUUGAUAAGCCUGCAUUUAUAACAGCGUUGGGCAUAACGCCUGGGCUAGUGGAGACAACAGGCAAGGCGGGGAAUCUCUGCUACUUCAAUCCAACUGUAACAUACAAAGAAAUGAAGCAGGAUCUAGUAUCAAGAAUUAGGAUAAAACGAGAUGGUGUUGAAUCGAUUGACAAACCUGCUGACAAAAUUGAGCUAGAAUCGAAAUGUGAGAAUAGUGUUAAAUGUGUCUUCACAGUGGAGAUGUAUGAUGUUGCACAAUGGUCACAAUUAGUGCAACAAGAACUGUGUGAGCCAGGAAAGCGGGUACAUGAUCUCAGCUGUGUAUUAUGUCCCUCCGGUACCUUCUCUAACCAGUACCAGGCAGCAGAGUGUACUGAAUGUCCAGGUGGCAGCAAUUCUCUGGAGGGAGCCACUGAAUGCACCAACGCAACAAACAAAUGUGCCAACAACAAAGAACAGCGACAAACCACAGGGAACUCAGAAAAUACUCGUCUACUUGAGAGAAGAGACCCUUAUAGAGACCCUUAUAGAGACCUUAAUAGAGUCCUUAUAAAGAACAUUGAUUUUGAACAUAAAACAUUUUAACUUAAAUCUAUUUUUAGGACAUGAAGACUCUUUUAGGGAACAUUUUUUAAUCACUCUUUGAGGAAACUUUUGAGCAGUUCCUUUGAACUGCUUUUCAGAUGUUUACAUCUUCUCAUUUGGAAGUAAAGAACAAAUAUCUGAAAUUAAAGUUUUGAUAAUUUUGCAUUUUAGGUACUUUAGAGAGACUACAUUUUGUUUUGUGUUGACUGAUCUUCAAAACUUUUUA